UUUAGUACUUUUGUAAGACGACAAAGGGAUUUACGAAUGCGUGCUAGGCAUCGUUUUUCCAAAUAUUGUAUUUUAGAUCUUGAUUAAAAGGUAAGAAAGAAUUUGUUAAUUUCAUACUCUAGUUUUAUUCUUUCCCGCCUCCAUUUUUUUCUAACACUGUGGGGACCCUAGGGUCUGCAUGUCGCCAUUUUCUCCCCGCCAGGCGUUCACCUAAACCUAACCUAAAUGCUAAGUCCUCCACGUGCAAAACCACAGUCGAAUUGUGUUAGAAGUGUUGAGUAUUUUUUUCAUUGAAAAAUGGCAAACAAGUCACUGAAACGGAAAAGGGAAAUCGAAAAUGUGAAGCAAGGAAUACCUAAGGACGAGGGAGAAGUCCUUCCUGCUAAGAGGUCGUCAGAUGAGCCACCAGUUAAAAGGGAAAAAUGGACGAACCGACAAAGGGUCUUGGUCUUCGCGUCCAGAGGGAUAAAUCAUCGAGACCGUCACUUGAUGGAGGAUUUGAAGUCACUCAUGCCUCAUCAUCGAACAGAAGCUAAAAUGGAAAGGCAGAAGAACCUCCAGGUGGUGAACGAGAUUUGCGAAGCCAAAAAUUGUAACAAGGCGGUUUUAUUCGAAGGGAGGAAGAAAAGAGAUCUCUACAUGUGGUUUUCAAAUGUCAAAAGUGGUCCUUCUGCGAAAUUUUUGGUUGAGAAUAUUUACACAAUGGGAGAAAUGAAAUUGACAGGCAAUUGCCUAAAGGGAUCACGUCCAAUUCUCUCCUUCGAUGAGAAUUUCUCCACAAAUCCUCACUACGCCCUUCUGCGAGAGUUGUUCACCCAGAUAUUUGGUGUGCCCAACCACCACCCCAAAAGCAAGCCCUUCUUCGACCACGUCUACACAUUCAGCGUCCUGGACAACAGGAUAUGGUUCAGAAACUACCAGAUUCUGACUGAAGAUGGAGGAUUGGCAGAGAUAGGUCCCAGAUUUGUCUUGAAUCCAGUGAAAAUAUUCGCCGGGAGUUUUGGAGGAGAAACCCUCUGGGACAACUCCUUCUACAUCUCUCCAGCCAAGUUUCGCCAAGCCAUAAAUAAGAAAGCUGGAGGAAAAUACAUAAAUAGAAUCGAGCAGAAGAUGGCACAGAAGGCGAACAAGCCUGAGGUCUCGUACUCGUUGAAUCCAUUGGAUGAUAUAUUCAAAGGAGAACCAUUGGUGAAGGCCAAGGAGCUGGAGGCCGGAGAGUCAGAGGAGCUACGGACGAACCAGGGGACUGGGGAGACGGGUGAGGAAACUGUGGAUCCCUUCGAAGGAAAAUCUCCAUCCGAGAUGAAGGAACUUGAGAAAAGAGCUCUGAGGAAUUUCCAAAAAAGGGCUCAGAAGACCACCAAGUCCAAAACACUGGGGUCGAAGGUGACAAAGAAGAAGAAAGGAAAAUGAAUUUGUUAUUUAGGUGGUUAAAUAAAAAAAGUAUUUUAGA